AUGAGGCGAGGUGGAUGGAGGAAACGAACUGAAAAUGAUGGCUGGGGGAAAUGGGGUGGGUACAUGGCUGCGAAGGUCCAGAAGUUGGAGGAGCAGUUCCGAUCAGAUGCUGCUUUGCAGAAGGAUGGAACACCAUCUACGAUUUUUAGUGGAGUUGCUAUCUAUGUCAAUGGCUACACAGAUCCUUCUGCUGAGGAAUUGAGGAAGCUUAUGAUGUUACAUGGAGGCCAGUACCAUGUAUAUUAUUCCAGAUCCAAAACAACACAUAUUAUUGCCACUAAUCUUCCUAAUGCCAAAAUAAAAGAACUAAAAGGUGAAAAAGUAAUUCGACCUGAAUGGAUUGUGGAAAGUUUCAGUUUCUUUUACUCUGUUGUAUUUCCAUUUGGGGAGGAUUAUUUUUUGAACCUGAAAUUAGAUUUCAACAAUUUUUUUCUUUCAAUUACAGGCAAUAUGUCUGUAUUGAAUCCAUCUAGACAUCAGAGCUGUAUAAUGCAUGUUGACAUGGAUUGCUUCUUUGUGUCAGUGGGAAUCCGAAAUAGACCAGAUCUCAAAGGAAAGCCAGUAGCUGUUACAAGUAACAGAGGUACAGGAAGGGCACCCUUACGCCCUGGAGCUAACCCCCAACUGGAAUGGCAGUAUUACCAGACUAAAAUACUGAAAGGCAAAGCAGCAGAUAGAGUUCCUGAUGUACCAGAUGCAUCACUAUUGGAGAAUCAGGAUUCUGCACAGACAAAUGGAAUUGACUCUGUUUUGUCCAAGGCUGAAAUUGCAUCUUGUAGUUAUGAAGCCAGACAAGUUGGUAUAAAAAAUGGAAUGUUUUUUGGUCAAGCCAAACAACUCUGUCCAAAUCUUCAAGCUGUUCCAUAUGAUUUCCAUGCAUACAAAGAAGUUGCUCGGACAAUGUAUGAAACAUUAGCAAGCUAUACUCAUAACAUUGAAGCUGUCAGUUGUGAUGAAGCACUAGUAGAUAUCACUGAAAUCCUUGCAGAGACCAGACUUACUCCUGAUGAAUUUGCAAAUGCAAUCCGAACUGAAAUCAAAGACCUGACUAAAUGUGCUGCUUCUGUUGGGAUGGGUUCCAAUAUUCUGCUGGCCAGAAUGGCAACAAGGAAAGCCAAACCAGAUGGACAAUAUCACUUAAAGCCAGAGGAAGUAGAUGAUUUUAUCAGAGGACAGCUAGUUACUAGUCUGCCAGGAGUUGGUCGAACAAUGGAAUCCAAAUUAGCAUCUUUGGGAAUUAAGACUUGUGGGGACCUGCAAUAUAUAACCAUGUCAAAACUACAGAAAGAAUUUGGCCCAAAGACAGGACAGAUGCUUUAUAGGUUCUGUCGUGGUUUGGAUGAUAGACCUGUUCGAACAGAAAAAGAAAGAAAAUCUGUCUCAGCUGAGAUCAACUAUGGAAUAAGGUUUACCCAGCCAAAGGAAGCAGAAGCGUUUCUUCUGAGUCUUUCGGAAGAGAUUCAGCGAAGACUUGAAGCUGCUGGCAUGAAGGGUAAACGACUGACUCUGAAAAUUAUGGUCCGAAAAGCUGGAGCUCCCGUAGAAACGGCUAAGUUUGGAGGUCAUGGAAUUUGUGACAAUAUUGCCAGGACUGUCACACUUGACCAACCAACAGAUAGUGCAAAAAUAAUUGGAAAAGCAACACUAAAUAUGUUUCACACGAUGAAAUUGAACAUAUCAGAUAUGAGAGGGGUCGGAAUUCAGGUGAAUCAGUUGGUUCCUAUUAAUAAAACAUCUUCAGGAUGUUCCACCCAUCCAUGCAUGCAGUCUAGCCGUUUGCCAGGUGGAUCACAUUCUGUCAUUGAUCUUUUCCAAGUUCAGAAAGCUAAAAAAUCCAGUGAAGAAGAGCAUAAGGAAAUAUUUGUGGCUGCAAUGGAUCUUGAAAUAUCAUCUGCCUCUCGAACUUGCACUUUCCUACCAUCCUGUACCACACACCUGGCAUCAAGCAUCAGUCCAGUUGCUGGUAAAACUGAGCCUUCAGUGAAAUGGAAUGGGCUCCAUUCCCCUGUCAGUGUAAAAUCCAGACUUAACCUAAGUAUAGAAGUACCUUCACCUUCCCAGCUAGAUCAGUCUGUAUUAGAAGCACUUCCAUCUGAUCUUCGACAACAAGUAGAGCAAAUAUAUGCCAUUCAGCAAGGAGACACACAUAAUGAAAAAAAGAAGGAACCGGUAAAUGGCUAUAACACUGGAAUCUUGCCACAACCAGUUGGAACAGUUUUGUUACAAAUACCAGAUCUUCAAGAAUCAAAUAGUGAUGCUGGAAUCAAUGUUAUAGCUCUUCCUGCAUUUUCACAGGUGGACCCUGAAGUGUUCGCAGCACUUCCCACUGAACUUCAGGAGGAGCUGAAAGCUGCAUAUGAUCAAAGACAAAAGCAGUUGGAGAACUCCGUAAAUCCACAGCCAGCCAACUCAUUUGUAUCAAAGAAUCCUUUAUUACAACUAAAACAAACAGCAGUAAAGGAUAAGAAAAAAAGCAAGAAAAAAACAGUUAGUCCCACAAAAAAGGUCCAGAGUCCUUUGAAGAACAAGCUGCUCAGCAGUCCAGCUAAAACUCUGGCAGCACCUACUGGAAGCCCACAGAAGCUAAUAGAUAGUUUUUUGAAACAAGAAGGUCCAGCUUGUACUAAUAACCCACAGGUAAGAUUUCCAAGUUCAUCAAUUUCAGUUAGAUCAAGUCCUUGUUUGCCAUCAGAACUGGCAGGCUCUUUUAGACAACCAGCACCCAAUCUAGCUGGCGCUGUUGAAUUCAAUGAUGUGAAGACGUUGCUUAAGGAAUGGAUUACCACUAUAUCAGAUCCAAUGGAGGAAGACAUCCUGCAAGUUGUAAAAUACUGUACUGACCUAAUAGAAGAAAAGGAUCUAGAAAAACUGGAUCUGGUUAUAAAGUACAUGAAAAGGUUAAUGCAGCAGUCUGUGGAAUCAGUUUGGAAUAUGGCAUUUGACUUUAUUCUUGACAAUGUUCAGGUGGUUUUACAACAAACUUAUGGAAGCACAUUAAAAGUUACCUAAACUUGUAAUAAGGAGCUUGGUGAGAGAGAGCCUGGAGCUCUCUUCUAGCUGUGCCAUAAGUGCUUGUGAGGUAUUUGCAAAGUGCAUGAUAGUAAUGCUCUGAGUUUUUAUAAUUUUGAAUUUUUUUUUAAACAGAAGUGUUUUGUACAUUUCUUUUCAAGAAGUGCCAAAUUUGUCAGUAUUGCAUGUAAAUAAUUGUGUCGAUUCUUUUACUGUAGCAUAGACUCUAUUUACAAAAUGUUUGUUUAUAAAGUUUUAUGGAUUUUUACAGUGAAGUGUUUACAGCUGUUUAAUAAAGAACUGUAUGUAUAUUUUGUAUUGACUUUUAUUUUGUGAAUCCUUAAAUGUCUUUUCUCUGAGGCCAGGAGCUCUCACUAAAAACAACAUCUUUUAAAUAGCAUACUCUUUUUUUAAAGUAAUUGACUGUUGAAACAGAAACAUUAAGGACCUCAAAGGAGAGGAAAUAAUAGGUGUAUAUAGAAAUUUAGCUUCUUUUCUGACAAUGUAUGUCACAUUUGCCCCAGUCUUGAAAGUGGAGAAAGCUUAUUGCAAGUAUCAGUUUAGAUUUAUUUAUUUAUUUAUGUUUUGGAGUGUAGUUAUUAAAAACUUCAUUCCUCCCUUGUUUCCAUAUGCCAAUCCACAUGGUUUGGAGUCAAAGCCACUCAUUUAUUUUACAUAUGUGUUACAUACAUAGGUCACUCUUUUCCCAGAUUACUUGGCAACCUAAAAUCUGAAAUUCAACCACCUUUCAAAUAACUUGGAUAGAAUAGAUAGGGAGGUUAAUGAGUGAAGUCGUUGUAAAAUAUACUCUGCACCCCGGAUUCACUUGUUUCCCACCACAGCCCAUUUUAAAAAAAUUGCCUACAACUCAGAUGCCAAGAUUUGUUUUAUGUUGUGAGAUCAGUGUGUAUAUAUAUAUACAUAUGUAUG